GUUAGAAAGUGGAAGAGAAGAGCGAGAGCGUUAACGAAAGCUGCUCGAAUUAAAACAGCUUCGUUAAUUAAAUCCGAUCGGGAUGAUUGAUUUGUCGAGCAGAAUGUGAGAGUCGGAUGAAAAACAUCAUGCUGAUCAAACACAUCAGACAACGCAGUGUCGGCCGGGCGAAGGUGGCCCAUGCAGUGGUGGUGAUCUUCAUGGAGUUUUUCGCCUGGGGUCUCCUGACCACCCCGAUGCUGACAGUCCUUCAUGAAACAUUUCCACAGCACACGUUUCUCAUGAAUGGCCUCAUUCAGGGCGUCAAGGGAUUUCUGUCGUUCAUGAGCGCUCCUCUGAUUGGUGCCUUGUCUGAUGUUUGGGGCAGAAAGAGCUUCCUGCUGCUCACAGUGUUUUUCACCUGCGCCCCCAUCCCACUAAUGAGGCUCAGCCCAUGGUGGUUUUUCGCUCUGAUGUCCGUGUCCGGACUUUUCUCUGUCACAUUUUCUGUGAUAUUUGCAUAUGUAGCUGAUAUUACAGAAGAGAAUGAAAGAAGCACAGCAUAUGGACUGGUUUCUGCGACAUUUGCAGCGAGUUUAGUGACGAGUCCGGCUAUAGGAGCGUUCCUGUCCUUCCAGUAUGGAGACAGUCUAGUGGUUCUGCUCGCCACCAUCAUCGCAGUGGCUGAUAUUCUGUUCAUCCUGCUGGUGGUGCCCGAGUCCCUGCCGGACAAAAUGAGGCUGUCGUCAUGGGGUUUGCCCAUUUCCUGGGAGCAGGCCGAUCCUUUUGCUUCUCUGAGGAAGGUGGGUAAAGACUCAACAGUGCUGCUCAUCUGUGUCACAGUGUUCCUUUCGUAUCUGCCUGAGGCCGGACAGUAUUCCAGCUUCUUCCUCUAUUUGGGACAGGUCAUUAACUUCUCAUCAGGAGCGAUUGCAGGGUUUAUUGCGAUGGUGGGAAUCCUGUCCAUCGUUGCGCAGACAUUACUGUUAAGCGUUCUAAUGAAGAAGAUAGGAAAUAAAAACACAGUACUGCUGGGACUCGGAUUUCAGCUUUUCCAGCUGGCCUGGUACGGCUUCGGGUCUGAACCAUGGAUGAUGUGGGCGGCCGGUGCCGUCGCCGCUGUGUCCAGUAUCACCUUUCCUGCCGUGAGCGCGCUGGUGUCCCGCUGCACGGAUCGCGACCAGCAGGGAGCCGUUCAGGGCAUGAUCACAGGGAUUCGAGGUCUGUGUAACGGACUUGGCCCGGCCAUGUUCGGAUUCAUAUUCUUCCUCUUCAACGUGGAACUAAAGGAGAUGAGCCCCAUGCAGCCAAACCCUGUUUCACCUGACACUGAAGAGAAGCGUGUGAUUCCAGGUCCUCCCUUCCUGUUUGGUGCGUGUACGGUUAUUCUGGCUCUGCUGGUGGCGGUUUUCAUUCCGGUUCAACACGUGCCGGCGGUGAAGACAUGCAGCACGCGUGUGAUGACUGAGCCUGCAAGCGGCGUCACGGAGAACGGAUCGGUUCCUGUGAGUGACGAAGACAACGAGCCUCUUUUACAGGACAGCAGUUUAUAAACCGAACAGGAAACUCCCGGUUUGGGUUUUAUUCCAGCAGUGUGUCUGACUAGGCUUUUUACAGAAUGUCUAAAUGUCUGUCUUUUUUUUUUUUUUUUUUUUAUCCUUCGGUCUUUGAAAGAGAAUGUGCCUUCUCCAUAUUUUGGCUUACACUGCAAAAAAAGUUUUUUCUCAAUAUUUCUGUCUUGUUUUCAAAUCAAGAUACAUUUACUUAAAAAGCAAAAUAACGCUUAUUAAUGCUUAAAACAAAAAAAGAAUACCUGUGUGGUCAGAAAAAAAAAAUUAAGUUGAUUUUUCUGAGCCCAUUGGCAGAUAUUUGUUCUUUUUUUAUAAGUCAUUUUCCUUUUCAAGUUAAUGUAUCUUGAUUUAAAAAAUCUUUAGAUAUUUAUACUGUAAAACAAGACAAAAAUACUAAAUAAGAAAGUGGUUUUUGCAGUGUAGUUCAUGUGCUGCCGUGUAUCUGAAUGUAAACUGUAGUCCUUUACUAUAUUACUAUAUAACGGCGCUUAACUUGUACAGACUGCAAUAAUAAUGUCAUAGUUAGUUAAGAGCAUUUAAACAUGCAGUGCACGUACAGCCAGAGCGCAGCGUCUUUUAUCGAUAAACAGCACAAAAUGGACAUAAUCAUUGUUCUUUAGGUCAGGUGCAGCUUUGAUAGAUGAAUUAUUACAAAGUUAAUGUAUUUAAUCUGUAAGUCAUUUAUGAGCACCAGCUACUCAACACAGAGCUGCUACCUCACAAUCGACUUGAUUUAAAGGCCAAAAAUUAAAAUAUGCUGAAAAUGUGCACACCUGAGCAUCAGAUUUGAGAAAAAGGUGUCAUUGCAUGACUGUCUGACCAGUGGAUCCACUGAAGUGAAUGGGUGCCGUCAGAACGAGAGUCCAAAUAGCUGAUAAACACCACUCCAGUCUGUCAGUUAACAUCUUGAGAAGACAAAAAAAAUGUUUUAUUAGCUGUUUGGAAUCUAAUUCUGACAGCACCCAUUCACUGCAAUGGAUCCACUGGUGUGAGCACAUUUUCCGCACGUUCUGGCUAAACUAUUCCUGUAAGACAUUAAAUGUUUCUGUGUUGCUGAUGUCCUGAUAUCAUUUCCAGUAUAUUUCCAGAGGUCUGAAUUAUAUGUUUUUAAAACAGCUUUACUGAUUUAUCAUUGCUUUCUAACAGAGCAGACUCUUACUGACUUUUAUGUGAAUUUAUUUAAUUAAAAAGUGUUUUUUUUUUGCAUGUUUAAAGCAGAAUUCGGUUUCCAAACACAUUGCGACUCCAUUAGCAACAGAUGAUCUGAUCAUUUGCAUUUUAUCAUGUUACACACCGCAGCAAUAACCAUGACGAUGGUAACAAAUCCAUGAUGAUUUCUGCUUUAUUGAUGUACUUUUGCAGCACAGAGCAGAGGAAAUGUUUCAAUUGCCAAUUCUGGGGACCUGAUUAUGAUGCAUACUUGAAAAUGAUGUCAGAGCAGAAGUCUAGAUGUGACUCUAUUUAUGCAAUCGGUGCUGUAGAUUGAUGUGCACUGACUCGAGAUGGUCUUAGUCCCACUAAAGUAAUUUUAGAUGUUUUCCAAUGAACUGCACUUUGUUUUUUAAUGAUGUUUCGGCUCUAGGUGCCAUUCUUCAUGUCUAUGCAGCCAUUCCUCGAAGACUGGUUUGUAGAUGCCUUCUGAUGAGAUUUUAUUGAUGUGUUCGAUGCACAUUAAGCAUUCGUUUGUUAUGAGCGUUCGUUGAGCUUUUCAUUGAUCAAUGUUUAAAUAAAUCAUUUCACAUUC